CCCUAACGGCCAAAGCCGCCCCUCUCUUCCUCUCUCCGCCAUUUUUCCGACCGGGAGAUCGAAAUCUCUCCUUCCUCCCCGUCAUCAGGAAGCCGCUGCUCCGAUGGGGAAGCUGCUGUGCGGCCCUCCAUCGUCCACUCUCCCUGACCCAUUUCAUUCCCUCUCCCCAGUUCCCCACCUCCCCUCCUCCGCCGCCGUCGACUGGGAGUCCGUCGACGGCCUCGACGACCAGCAGCGCCGAUCCCUCUCCCAACUCUCCUCCCGCGGCGUCCUCUGGAAGCACCCCUCCGACCCCUCCAUCUCCGCCACCUUCCGACUCUUCCACGGCGGCGACGUCCAGGCCGAUGGCAACUGCCUCUUCUCCGCCGCCCGUAUUGCCAUGGGCUUAUCGUUGUCGAAGGUCUCCGCCAGGGAUCUCCGCCGACGGACGGUUGGCCGGUUCGAGGCCGACCUGGUGUCCGGGGUCAUCGCGAGGGCGGGAGUUGAUGAGGCCGUCCGGCACCUUUAUUCGCCGGACCUGCGGACGGGGUGGGGGGUGCACGUCGUUCAGGAGGUGAAGCUACUGGCGAGAAAGGUGGAACGCGAGGAGCUCGACGCGGCCAUCUCGGAGCUCGUCGAUCUUGGGUUGCAGAGAGAGUCUGCUGCAGAAUCCAUAUACAAGGAAAGGGGCAUUGCUGUUGAUGAUGGUCCAAGUUGGGUCAAGUUCAUGUCCGUCUCAGGUUCUGCAGAUGAUGAGUAUGACAUUAUUACUUUGCAAUACACGGAAGAUGGGUUGUUGGCAGUAGAUGAAAAUACAGAGGGGCGUGCUGCUGCAUUUGGAGACGACAUUGCAGUGGAAAGCCUUGCUACUGAAUUUGGAAGGGAAAUAUUUGUGGUUCAAGCUCAUGGGUCAGAUGCUAUGAUAGAAGAAGACAGCUGUCUCUUUUUCUUGCCACAUUGUCCACGGGGUCAAAUUUCUGAACCACCAGCUUUCCUACUUAUGAAAGGAAGAGGAUGGUGUGGUGCUGGCGCUGACCACUACGAGCCCUUGAUUUCUUUUCCUGCUCCAAAUACUUCACAGGAGAAAGCUGCAAUUGUACUUUGAAGGCCAUUGGGUCCUGCAAUUUUGUGCACUAGAACCGUCCUGCAAUUUUGUGCACUAGAGCUGUAGUUAAGAUUUGGGCAAGUUCGUCUUGGUAAUUCUUUUUAUUGUGCAAGGUGAAGAACUCAUUUUUUCUACAACAAUUUCGGUGUUAGAGAGGUCCGAACUCUAGCCUGCCGUUCUAGCAUAUGCGGGUGCAGUUGUAACAAUAUGUCCAGCUUUUUCGUGUUGUGGGAUUUCUGAAAGAACUGUAGAAUACAUUAUUUUGUUGUUGUAGCCUGACAGAUUUUUUUUUUGGCAGUCAAUUUGGUCUCUGUUUUGUUGACAAUUGUUAUUAAUUAGUUUGUUGUAGCAGACAUGAGACUAUUUGCUGUACAACAUGCACUAUCGUUUUAAUCUUAAAUUGUAACAAUUUCUUA